CUCAAACUUAAAAUGAAGGUACAAAUUGUUUUAUUGGCUGGAAUAAUAGCUGUAUGUGUUGCAGCACCACCACCAGAACGAGACUCUAAAAUUUUAAGAUACGACAGUGAUGUUAGAGAAGAUGGAUAUGAUUUCGCAUUUGAAACUAAUGACCCAAUCAAACGUAAUGAAGCCGGAAAAAUCCAACAAGUUUCCCAAGAAGAAAGCAACUACCAAGUAAACGGUGACUUUGCAUUUAAUUUCCCAGAAGGAGUUUCAUUCCAAACUGUUUUCGUAGCCGAUGAACAAGGUUACAGGCCAAAAGUAUCCUUCGGUCAAGCAAGAGUUUAAAAAAUAUUAAAGUUG